AUGCGCACCAUCGAUCACUCUGCUGCCUGGCGUUGGACGCGACGCACCGCCAUCUUGAGCCAAGCUGUUGGGCCUGUGGAUUAACCUCCUUCUCUCGCAAGCCAUGGCAAUGGAUGCGCAGCAGCAGAACAAGAACUUGGAGGGCGUCAAGAAGGAAGCGCAGACGCCCAAGACCAACGAGAAUGGCAGCGAUAUGGACAAUUUCCGAGGUGGGAGAGGAGGCGGCCGUGGCAGCUUCCGUGGCAACCGGGGCGGAGGACCUGGCGGCGCUGGAGGACGAGGCGGCGGUAAUGCGUCUUCAGGGACAGUGCAAACCUCGACACCGGUGCCCGGAGGUAUCGGCAGCCUAGGACAGAAUAACAGUCUCGGGCAAGGCGCUCAGGGCGGUGGCGGCGGCGUUGGCGGCGGCGGUGGCGGGGCGAGAGGAGGCUACAAUGACCGCAAUGAACGUGGUGGCGGUGGAGGAUUUUAUCGUGGCGGCAGGGGCGGCCGUGGGGGUCGCGGCGGCGGCGGAGGCGGCGGCGGAGGCGGAGGCGGCGGAGGAAAUUUCAACCAAGGCGACAGAGACAAGUUCCCUCAUGAUAGGGUUUUGGAACGUCUGAAGGCCCUCUCAGGACCAAUGAUCGACUUAGUGCCUCGUGAGGAAAAUGUUCGGAAAUUCUCAAAUCAUUGCAGACUUUGGGUUGGAAAUCUUCCUCUCGACAUCAAGGAAGAUGAUGUUAAGGAAUUGUUCAAGCCAUUUGGAGAGUUUGAUGAAGUGUACUUUGACAAGAAUAAAGGCUUUGCAUUUGUGCGCAUGGACUAUAAGAGCAAUGCAGAGAAAGCAAGGCAGGAGUUACACCUGAAGGACUACAAGGGUCGGCAACUGAAGAUCAGGUUUUCUUCACCAGGCACAGCCUUGAAAGUCAGGAAUCUGUCCACUUGGGUGACAAAUGAAUUGUUGGAGAAGGCAUUUAGUGUUUUUGGAGAGCUAGAGAAAGCAGUUGUGAUCACAGAUGAACGUGGUCGUGCUACAGGUGAAGGUGUUGUGGAAUUCUGUAAGAAACCAGCUGCUAAUUUGGCUCUCAAGAAGUGUCAGGAUGGUUGCUUCUUUAUGGUUGCGUCACCACGUCCAGUUAUUGUAGAGCCAAUGGCUGUAGUGGAUGACAAUGAAGGCAUGAGUGAGAUCAAUGUAAACAAGCGAAACCCAGAGUACAUCAAGGAAAGGCAACAAGGCCCUCGUUUUGCUCAGCCAGGAUCCUUUGAAUACGAGUAUGGCUUAAAAUGGAAGCAGUUGUAUGAGCUUUUUGACAAGAAGAAAGAUUCUCUGGAAAGGGAGUUAAAUGAUGAGAAGAGGAAACUUGAAGAGCAGAUUGAAUAUGCAAAAUAUGAGCAUGACACAGAAAUGUUGAGAGAACAGCUGCGUCAGAGGGAAGAGAUGAAUCAGCGCACUAAGUCAGACUUCGAACAACGCCAGCGUGAAUGGGAAGAGCAUAGACGUCAAGAGGAGGAGCGGCAACGACGACAGGAGGAGGAGUUGUCAAUGAAGUUCCGCCAGCAGGAAGAGGAACUGAGGAGGCGCCAGGAAGAGAACAGACAGUUUAUGCAAGAACGGGCAAAUGAUCUAAUGAAGAGUGAAAACAGCCAAGACAGCUUUGGCAGUGGUGGCUACCAAGGGAUGGAAGGUAGCAACUGGCGGCGCACCAGUGACAGUUACGGCACACAAGGAGGCAGCAGCUGGCGUGGAGGAGGAAGCGACUCCUGGGGACGCUCAGCUGGUGCAGGUAGUCGAGGAGGUGUUGGUAGUGGCACUGGCCAGAAUUGGGGAGACAGUGCAUGGGAUGGACGUCCAGACCCUUGGCAGAGUGACAACCGUGGCAGUUACCAGAGAGGCAACAGUGAGAGUGAGUUGCCUCCUCCACCG